CACACGUCACGUGACAGGGAAAACAACCCGUUCAACCAAAUAUGUCAACUUGAUAGCAGCUUGAGAGACUUCAUUGACAGGUCUGCAGUAACAGGACUUGCAGUGACGGGACGCUAAGCGGGAAUGGAUGGAUUUCCGUUGAAGAUUCCAGAGGCAGCGUGUCUUGGGGCUAGCCUUGCCCUCUCAGGCAUCUGCUACUAUCUCUAUAGAAAGAGCCGGACGACACUAGAUAAACUUGAUGAUGCUCCACACUUCUCCAUAGAUGGAAAACUCAAAGACAUUUUGAAAGUUACCCCAGGAGCGUGUCUACAGUAUGCUGUCAUUGAAGGUGCUGUGGAACCAGCGGCAGAGCCUCUCACAAGCCACUUUCAAAAGGAAUUUGUUGGAGUGUUGCAGAAAUUCAUGUUGAAAGAACACAGGCUGGUGUGGAACAGCCUUUCACGCACUUGGACGGACAGUGAAAGAGUCUUGCACCAUAGAGUGAAUGCAGUCCCCUUUGUGUUAGUGGGAUCAAAUAAGACCACCGUCAGAGUCCUGUGCCCUCUGCAGGCCUCCGGAAUUUACAUGGAGACUACCCAUGAGAAGUUCCACCAAGUCAAUUACGGCUUUGGUGACAUCAUAGGACAAUACCUCAGUGGGGAGAAGCUUAAAGGACAACUGGAGACCGAGGAAAUGCUUAAAGUGGGCACAACUCUUACUGGUGUGGGUGAGUUGAUACUGGACACGGACGGCACUCUGAAUCUCCGACCCCCUUCAAACGGCUCACAGUACUUCUUGAGCAUUACAGACUUUGACACCCUGUUGGGAGAGCAAGAGAGCACAGCUUUUUGGUGGAAGGCGCUGGCCAUUGCCUCUGCUUUGGCAGGGGCAGCAGUGUUCCUCUGGGUCAGCCGGCGCUACUACUAUCAACUUAAAGUCCGCUGGGAGAGGGAGCAGGAGAGGAGGGAAUUUGAGAGACUGCAGACCGAAGGCUCAAGACCACGAGCUCCAGUAACAGGCCCUGAGACUCCUCAAGAUGGGGCAGAGGAACACAUAGAAAAUGCCUGUGUUAUUUGCCUCAGUCAGCCACGUAACUGUAUUCUGUUGGACUGUGGGCAUGUGUGCUGCUGCCACAGCUGCUACCAGGCUUUUCCACACCGCCGAUGCCCCAUAUGUAGACAGAGCAUCAGUCGAGUUGUGCCUCUCUACCACGUCUGAGGAACCUGUGUGAUCACAUGUCCUCAGUGGAGCUUCACCACUUUACAAACUGUACCAGCUUUACACCUCAAAGGUCUAAAGAGCUGCACUUAAACCUUAAAAAGGGCAAAGGUAACUUUCUAAAAAUCGUAUUACUGUAAAAGAUAAUGAAGGUUUUUAAUAUUGUGGGAACACUUUGUUCACUGCAGAGUUUAGGUGAGGUAUUGUAUCUGUAAUUGUAUGUGAGAAAGAUGGGUGUGAUUGAAAACGAAGUAGUAAGAAAAAAAGGUUGUCAAUUUAUGCAACAGAGAUGUUAAUUUUCCUACUAGUUUGUUCUGUGCCUUAUUUUGUUCAUUUAUAUGUUUGCUGCCACAGUGAUUGAAGUGUAUGUAUCUAAAUAUCUUAAGCCUGGUCAGAAAAAGCUAAGCUUUUGUUUAAUCCACUUUCAUUUAAAUAUUGUCACUGGAAGUCAUUGAAGCAAAGGUACACUUAUUGCCAAGAUGAGGCUUUAGUGUUAAUUUAAUGCACUACAGACUGGCCAAAGUGGGUGGAAUUUUGGCUGGUUGAAACAAAUUCAAUAAAGCAUCACUCUUUGAACUAUUUGUAUAUUUCACUACUAUCACUAUCACAAUCUAUAUAUAAGUUAAUUUGCUCACCCACUUUGUGUUAGAAAGGUAGGGCAAAUAAAAUGUAUAGUCUGGGUGUACAGAUCUGUGUGCAGCUACCAUAAAUGAAGCAUUAUGCUCAGUCUGUAUGCACAGCUCUAUAAUGUUUCAGGAUUUGGCAUCUCUUUAUGAUCCACAGACAUCUGUACUGCAUAAAAUGGCUACUGUU